AUGUUGAUGUCUUAAGAAGAGAUACCAGUCACCUCUGAAUCGAAAACAUGAAGACAAACGCUGCAGAAUACUUCAGCAGCCUUUCGCCUCUCAAAGCUGCUCACAACACAUCAGGGAGCAGUGUGUAUGAGAGCCAUGUGCAAAAUGGCCGUUCAGGGCGGUGCCAUUGCUGCCCUUAUGGAUACCAUAUCGACCUGGACUUUGUGCGAUACUGCGACAUGCUCACACAGGGCUCGAAGAAUGACAGCCCAACCCUUCGGCACCUCAAGAAACUCAAGCGGGCCAGGCGUCGACAAACAAAGUCCAUGGAGGUCCUCCUCGGCCUGUCUCCAGGGAAGGAAAAUGAAGCACCACCCAAUCAGCUCUCGCAGACUAGACUGGAGAUCAUUGAGGAACCGAGAAAGAUCGAGACCCUGAAGCAUGAAACGUCCUCUAUUGCACGAAGGUCCCAGUCGCUGCGGGAACGAACACCCCCUCCCCCUCCACCCAGGCGAUGCAGGACCCCACUGAUGUCUCCCCCACCAGAUGUCAUCAACACCACGUCCCACUCCAGCUCUGGCCUCAACUCCAGCUCCAACUUGGAUGCGAGCGAGGCCCUGCAGGAAGCAGUUCUCGAUUUUGAAGAGAUGCUCGAGAACUCCCGUGAGAGACGUAACCACCAGAGGGACCGUGCGGAUACCCUGCCUGCCCCCAAUGUGCCCUCCCUUGACCUUCUCCACCACACACCUCCACCUCAGCAAAAUCACCACCACUCCCUAAGCCCCAAGCCAGGGGGCGUUGGAGUGACACGCUCGCAUUCUCUCCCCAGGCAAUUGCUUGAGGACUCGCCGCUGCUGAGCCGCCACCAGCACACCAACUCCACUUCCUCCCUCUCCUCUGCCUGCUCUACCCCAGGCUAUCAGGGUGGGGCCCCUCAGUCAUCCACCCUGCCAUCAGGUGGAGGCUAUGGGGUCUCGCCAAGCACCCCACUCAACAAUGGACUCUCACCUGGAUUCGGACUGCCACCAAGCAAUGUAGGAAUAAUUCAGCAACAAAUGCCGCCCUCCCCACAUCUCUCUGACACCCUGGCGGCACUCAACGCUAGCAGUCGGGGCUACUAUCCGGCUGCGAUGCAGGACUUUGACACUAUGAGUGUGACAUCCGCCAUGUCUGGGGUCAGCACCUCCACGCUCCAGUCCAUUCGCGAUCAAAUGGCAACGAGUUUGAGUCGAUUGAAGGAACUGGAGGAGGAAGUGAAGACCAUCCCAGUGCUACAGGUCAAGCUGAAUGUCCUGAAGGAGGAGAAGCGGUUCCUCCUUCAGCAGCUCAAGUCGUUGAGGCUCAAGGGAGAUGAUGUGCCCUUCCUGCUUCCACCUGGCUUGGACAGUGACCUAACCGACCUCUCAGAGGAUGAGCUAGAGGGCCGACUGGCCACCCUAAAGCAGCACCGUCGGCCAUCACGGAGGCGUAGCGAGUCACCUAUGCGAGUCAACCUGGAGGAGUUCCGUUCAUAUCGGCGUGCAAGGCGAGGUUCUCUCUCAGAGGGAUCAGAGUGUGAGUCAGUGCGAUCAGUAGCUGAAGACACACCUCUCUUCAUUAAAGAAGUGCAGGAUCAUACCUCAGAGCGCCGUCUCAGCUAUGACACGUCUGCUGAGAGGCGCUUGGGCUUGGAGCCAACUGGAGAGAAGAGAGUGAGCCACAGCAUGCCCAGCACCCCUGUUGUUCCCCGGAAGAGUGUCCGUGAUGCAUCUACUAGUUGCCGAGUUUUGACAAGGGACAUUGGGGUUUCCCAUAUAGGAGCACGCACACGUUCUGUUGGACUCACCACAGAUAAGGUAGAAGUAGACAGGAGGAAGGAGAUCAAGGCCAAGCCCUGCAUGCAAUGUUAUGAGAGGAAUCGCCGUACCUUUGAGAGCAAGGGGGUUGGGACGCCCACAGAGCUACAAGGAGACAAGCAGAGGCGGCUGAGCAUGAGCAGUGUGUCCCUGGAGAGUGUAGAGCCAGAUGAUGUGGAUGCAGACCACAAGGAUCCUUUGGAGAGAGAAGGCAGCCCCAAGAAUGCAUUUCUGCAAAAGCUGGGCAGGAAGUCUGCCAUUAUCAGCAGGCUAUCAGAGCCGCAGCUAGCUCCUCCGGUGCUCACUUUUGACAAUUCAACCAACACAGAGCAUGUGCACACUAGGGACCAGAGACUCAAUACCAGCAUCACCAUGAAGGAUCUUUUCUCCAGAGAAGAGCUCAACCAGCAGCUGGCUGAGGCAAAGAGGAAAUGGGAAGCGACAAGGGAGGCCCAGGCCUUAGCACAUGAGAGGAGGCGGGAGAUGCAAAAACCCCUCAUGAUAGAUUGUGGGGUCCAGGUGGCUACGAAGGAUGCCAGUUUCACCAAGACUAAGUUCCAACCUCUCUUGCAAAGCAUUGGUGUGAUGGCCAAGCCCUCCCUAGUCGAUAUGGGUGUGGGGAUGGCAAAACUCACAGAUCUCCUCUGUGACAAGUGUAGCAAUGUGAAGAAGCGGUCUGUUGGAUCUGGAGAUGGACUGACAACGGAUCUCAUUUGUGAUAAAUGUACUUACACAAAAACUAGAUCUGUUGGUGUUGGGGAUUCCAAACUAAGUGAUAUUUUGUGUGAGAAGUGUUCACAGGUUCAAACAAAAUCAGUGGGUUCCAGCAGUGAUAGGAUCACAGACAGAAUAUGUGACCGUUGUGAUAACCUCCACACUCGUUCUGUAGGGACGGGAACAACCUUAUUCACAGAACACACGAGAGCUCCCAAAAUGUUAGCUGCAUAUGUUCAAACUUUGAAGCCGGACACUCGAACCACGGGAGUUAAUACGCAACCCAUAAAUUUGAAGAAGGAAGAACUGACUCUGGAUCCAAGUGCAUCUCCUCCAAGUCCAGCUCUCACACCAGAAGUCGAGCGAAGGUCAUUUGGUAGUUCUGGUGUGCGGAUAUGUGACAAGUGCCAUGAGACGAUUCAUUCAGUUGCAAAAGAUAUAGUGAAUACAAGUGGCACUGCAUCAGCAACCAAUCUUCCACCUCUUCCCCCACAGACAUCGAAAAUUCCACGACUAGUAGACCUAACCAAAGUGGAACCUCGGUUAGAUGCCCCCAGACAGGACCUAAAAUCCACUAGCAACAUUUCAAUGAGUCUAGGGUCAAGUUGCUCAGAAACUCAGAUCUCAAGCUUGAGCAGUAGCUUCACUGAGUCCAAACCCUCAUCAGUAAUGACCCGGAGUCUGACGAGAACGGACUCGGCUCCAACUAAACCCAGCAAGCUUGAAAGGCCCAUGAAUGCCUCCAGUGAUACCUCUCCAGUCAGAUAUAGUCACUCACCUAAUCAGGGCACAUCAGGUGAUAAUUCCUCCCUUAAGUACAGCCCAUCUCCAAUGUCAAGCUUGGCGAGCAGAGGGCGUACCAAGUCAGACCUAGGCCCUAGUACAUUAAAAGAAAGUCAGCUGCCCAAAGUCAGUCAAAAAAACGAAACUUCAAAAGUUAGUCAGGGAAGUCAUUCCAAGAAAACAGUCCAGAGUACUAAUUCCAACACCAGUACCAGUACCAGUACCAGUACUAGUACUAGUACUAGUACUAGUACUAGUACCAGUACCAGUACCAGUACUAGUACCAAUACCACCACCAGUACCACCGUAACCUCCAAAGCAGAGUCGGCAGUGGUUGGAAGUUCAACACAGAGCAAGCGUGUUCCGUACGUGCGGCAAGAAACCUACACCAAGUUUUCUGAGGGCCUGGUCAAUCUGGGCUUUGACGAAACUGCUGUUGCAGAGGAGGCAAAGCGGCAGAAGGAGGAGAAGGCUAAGGAGUCUGCCUCAAAAAGUCUCUCAGCGAUAACGGAGAGCAAUAACAACAAUAGCAGUGAAGCCUCUAAACGAAUUGCCAAAGUGGAAAAGCAGGAAAAAGAAGCAGAGAAGAAGGAGGAAAGUCCAAAAAAGUCAAAGGAGGCGGAACCAGUGAUCCAAGGGCGGAAAGAGCAGGAGAGCUCAUCAUCAUCCGACAGCGAGUCUGAGAAUGAGACGUGCGACGAGGAAUCCUUAAUGGGGGCAUCAUUUAGCUCUCAGGCUGUGACCUCGGUGUUCCAAAGUUCCUCCUCGCUCUUCACCACGACCAGUGAGAAGAGUAGGAAGAAAUUCCUGCCACCAAGAGAAAUGAAAGCUGCCCUAAAGGUCGUAAAUGACUCUAUUGGCAAGCCGGUGCGGUCAGGACAGCAGCUGACCAAUGCCGUCAACAUAAUUCAGAGGGAAUGGUUUAAGCUGUCAAGUCAGAAGGAUGCCGAUCCCCAUGCUGUAGAAGACUACAUGGAUGUGUUUGAGGACUAUUCGAAGGCACUCCUACAGCGCGUCGUUAACCUGGCUGAUGUGAAUGGCAACACGGCAAUGCACUAUGCAGUCUCGCAUGGCAACUUUGAUGUGGUCUCAGUGCUUCUCGACUCCAAGGUGUGCAACGUCAACCAACAAAACAAGGCGGGCUAUACAGCAAUCAUGUUGGUGUCGCUGGCACAGAUCCGCUCUGACACUCAUGCCAGUGUCGUCCAGCGGCUCUUUCAGCUCGGUGACGUCAACAUCAAAGCCAGCCAGCAUGGUCAGACAGCCCUCAUGCUGGCCGUCUCCCACGGGCGGCUGGACAUGGUAGGCCUCCUGGUGGCCGCAGGAGCUGAAAUCAACAUCCAGGACGAGGACGGCUCAACAGCCCUCAUGUGCGCAGCUGAGCAUGGGCACUUGGCCAUUGUCAAGUUCCUCCUCAGCCAGCCUGAUACUGAUCCCACACUUAUGGAUAAUGAUGGCAGCACAGCUCUCACCAUAGCAGUGGAGGCAGGACACAAAGAUGUGGGUGUGUUAUUGUACAAGCACAUGAACCUCUCUCGCGGCUCCUCACCCUAUUCCUCUGUCAGAAUAAAGCGGUCGCGGACCCCGACCAUGUCACGGUCUUCAGUCACUCCACCCCCAAGGUCCUCUGCACCUUCCUCCCCAGGGCGCUCAAGGAAAUCCUCUGCGCCACACUCCCCAGGCCGUUCCAGGCAGAGCUCGGCCUCCCUUUCAAAUCUCAUGAUCUAGGGCUGAAAUAUUUGUUGUCUCUCUCAUUUAUGUGUGAUUUUUUCUCUCUUUUUUUCCUAUUUUAAUUCUUUUCAUUCUUUUUUUCAUACAUGUGUAAUUUUUUUUCUCUCUUUCUAAUCUCCAGUAUAGAAAUCAGUGCAGGAGCUUUAUAAAGCCCAUUUAUCUAUAGCUAAGGUCUAGUGACAAGAACUACAAUUAUGAAGAUGACAACUUUUGGUGCUUAGUGGUUGCUGCUCUUACUUUUAGGAACUUAACACUCCAAACUGCAUUCCGAGGGAUGUAAUCAUGUGGCCACCACUUUCAUUUUCUGUGUUGUUUCCCUUAGAUCAUCAGUGAAACUCCUAAUUGAAAAUUUAAAUGGCUUUGUGAAUGGUGCUCUAAUUAACAGUAAAAAGCCAUAAAAGCACAAGCAGUUUAUUCUUUACAUCAAAGCUUGAGCUUUGCAUUUGUGUUGCAUUCAUUGCGAGAGCUUCAUCUUGCAUUAUAGUGAUGCUAACAUUGCUGUAAUGGGUUUAGGCCAAAUAUUAUGAAGGUCUCUUAUGUUGUUGUUUUUUAUGAUAAUAGACUAUGCCUUCUUACUCAAAGAGAGAAUAUACUUUCUUAAUCAUUUUAAUAGAGGCCUGGAUUGUGCUUCCACCACAAAAGAAUAAUCUUCAUUAGGGUUAUUUUUAGGAUAGCAAAAGUCACAAUUAAGAUAGGAUAACUUGGUAAGUCUGCAGUGAUAUUUAUUCCAAAAUGGCAGAAAGAUAGGAGAGAGAGGAACUAUGCACAGUGGCACUGAAUAUGACCGACAAAGGUCUUUUGUAUAGGUACUUCUUCAGUGAACCUGUGACUUCACAAAUGUCCCAUUGUUUUGCCUCCUGUGUGAAGUCCAUUUAUACUUUUUAGGGGGGAACAAGACAGAAUGUGUGAAGAGGAAAGGAAAAAGGAUUGAAAGAUAAAGGAUGAUGCAAGAAAUGAGAGAGGAAGGAAAGAAAAAAAGAAAGAAAGAAAAAGAAAGAGACGAAGGGAGGAAGGAAAGAAGUAAAGGUAGAAGGAAGGACUGAAGGCCUUAUUGUGAUAAUUUAUUUGUUGACUGAAGUUUGUUUAGGAUCUUGAUGUAUUUUUCCAUGGUACAGAUUUAUUUUGUUCAUGAAGUGUUGAACGCGUUGAUGGAGUAUUUUCUGUUGACAAGUUAUAAAAGUAGUCUCUAUGUCAAUAAAGAAGAUAUUUUACAUUAAGAAUGAUAUUGCAGUUAUAAUUGUUUUAAUUUUAAAAGAGAUCACAGACACUUGAAGUCUGAGAAUGAAAAUGAAAGACAUGGAAAAUUCUAGCACAGAAUUAAACAAUUUAUAUAAACUUGAUGUAUGUUAAUAUUGACAAUAAUUAGAUGAAGAUGUUAUAAAUAAAGCUCACUCCUCUAUGUAAAUGAGGGAAUCAAAAAUCUCUAAGAAACCCUUGAAUAAAAAGUGAUCCAUGACAGUGCUGAUAUGAAGUGGAAACUGUUUCCGUGGUGUAAUGUCUUCAAUUAAGUUUUGUCGAGGAAAGUUAAUAUGAACGAAUCGGGAUAUUUCUUAUUAUCAUUAUUAAGAGUUUUAUUGCUAUUAUUGGUUUGUUUGUAUUUAUUAUUAUUAUUAUUAUUAUUAUGAUUAUUAUGAUUAUUAUGAUUAUGAUUACCAUUACUAUUACUAUUAUAUUAUUGUCAUUAUUAUUAUUAUUAUUAUUAUUAUUAUUAUUAUUAUUAUUAUUAUUAUUAUUAUUAUUAUAUUUACCAUUCUUAGUAUCAUUAUUACUGCAUUUCACAGCAUUGCUUCUAGUAUUUGUUACUAAUGACAUAACAGCUAAGAGAAGCCGCUAAAUGUAUGGGUUUCUUGCGAAUAUCUCACGCAUUCCUUUAACAUUCCGUAGAAUAUAGGCAGUUCUAUCUCCUCAUUCGUGAGUUAACGCAAAAAUGUACAUUAUAUGUUCUCUCUUUAUUUUAUAAGGGAUACUUGGAAUCAUUCUAAUCAGAGAUGUCCAUUGUGUUAAUGCGUGCAACACUUUGACAAUCGUAUUUUUUAAGGCUAAUUUUCUAAUGUGAUAGUUUAUUUGUAUAAAGCUGUUUUUUAGUGAUAAAGAAAAGUUUUUUUUUUUUUUUUUCAUUUUAAAAUUUUAAUCACAGUGCUGUCAUACUUACCUGGGAUACUUAAGGUAUUUCGUAAUUAUGUAACUCACAUCUUUUGUAUAUUCCUUUUUUUUAUUUCUUUCUUUUUACAGUGAGAACUGUUUUGUAUUUUGUUCUAAGAAAGAAAGUAAAUGCCACACUUUUUCUUUUCCCUUUUUUUCUUGUGCAUUAUAUAAUGACUUAGGUGCCCAAAUGUGCAGUUUAACUUUAUGCCUGAGUGUAUUUAGAAUAUUUUGUUCUCUUAUGGUGACUGUCCCCAAACUAAGCUUGCAUUAUAGAAUGGAUUCAACAACCAGAAUAAUAAGCCUCCAUUGCCAAAAUAACAUUUAUUCAAUGUCGAGUGAACAGAACUGUUGAUAUUUCUCUUUGGCUUCUUAGAUGUAGGAAAAGGGUUGAAUUUGAGUGGAUGAUUCCACAGUGCAAAAAGACGUGUAAUUAACAUUUUGAUAUUACACCUUCGCUUUAGUGAGGUAACGUGGAAUUGUUCACUCUGAUUCGACUCCAUUUUCUACAUGUGGUACAGUGAACUUUGUUCUUGUUAAACAUCCAGGUAGUUAGUUUUCUGGUCAUUCUCAUCAGCUCGCACAUCAAACUCUGUUAUAAUCAACCGAGUGCCUUUUGUUGUGUAUGUCGAUGUAGUUGAUGAAAAGCCUAGCCAGUCUCGUCAUGCAUUUGUUUACGUGUUUUGUUGUAUUUUUUCCUACUUUUUUUUUCUCUUUUUCUCCUUUUUUAAUUUUUUUUUUGUUUUUUGUUUUAGUUUAGCAUUUUGCAAGAAUUCACAUUGGUGCUCCGUAAGGUCAACAACAAGGGUCUAAGGAAUGCUAACUUAUUAAAAGGAAAACUCUUCUCAUCGAGGUUGCAUUGCCAAUGUACGUUUGGUAUAUCUUUCCUGAUCUGUCAUAGUAAGAUGUGGAAAGUGAACAUGUCUGAGAAAAAAGAAGAAGAAAAAAAAAAAAAUUCUACUGGUGCCAAAAAAAGUUUAUAGGAUAUGAUCUUAUGGUGGCAUUUUCUUUGCUUAUAUAGAGUCAUACGCAAAGUGGAUUUGUGUAUCAGGAGAUAUGCCUAUGAAAGUGAUCAAAUUAUAUGUAUUUCUGCAGUACUGAUGCAUUUGUCUUUUCCUUUUAGUAAAUGAACAUAAAAGAGUUCUCGGUUAUAACAUGUCUAUGUACUCCGUCCCUUUCUCACCUGUUUUUAUCUCUUUUUUUUUAUCUAAUAUGAACAUUUUAUUAUAAUAUACCUGUAAAUAUUG